AUGCGUAAUACAUUGACUAAUCAUUCAAGAAACAAUUCUAUGUGUCAAAUUGGUAUUAGUGAAGAAAAAAUGUCUCCCAACGAUGAUAAUCAUCAACAUCAUAUUGAUGAAUUAAUUAAUCAACAUAAUGAUAUAAAAUAUUUUGUUGAUUUAUAUACAGCAGCAUUACAUUUACGACAACGAAUGAAAGAAGAAAAAUUAAUUCAUCAAUCAUAUUCAGCUUAUUUUAAUGAUGAAAAUAAUAAUAAUAAUUUUUAUUCAUUAUUUCAUAAUUGUUUUCAUUCAUAUGAAAUUAUCAAUUGGCUUAUUAAAAAACAAUUAUGUAAAACAAGUCAAGAUGGACAAGAAAUUUUUCAAGUUUUAGAAAAAUUAAAAAUUAUCCAUCAUGUUUGUGAUUUAAAUGAAUUUGAAUAUCCUUCAAUACCAUCAGCACAAAAUAAUGUUAGAUAUCUAUAUCGUUUUCGUCUUGAUGAUGGUACAGCUGAUCAAAAUCGUUCAUUUCAACAAUUUGCUUCAAUUUAUGAAACAUAUACAAGUUUAUUUACACUUGAUAAAAGUCAAUGUCGUGGUGUAGAUUUACAACAACAACAAAUUUCAACUAAUCCAUACGAUGAACAAUCAGGAAUAUUACUUAAAGGUGAUAAUUUAGCUCGAAUGCUUGCAUUACGUAGUGGUGCAAAUAUGUUAAAUAUUGAACGUCUUGUUGAUGAUAUGAUAACAUAUGGUCUUGUUCGAUUUGACGAAUGUGAUCAACAAACGGAUUGUAAUUGUUCAAGAAAAUUUCGUAAUGAUGAUCGUCAUCAAUAUAUAUUAAGUAAUUCUCAUCGUUUAUUGCCAAAGCAACGUCUUGAUAUAACUGCUUUAAUGCAAAAUGAUAUGAUUGAUACAAGACAAUCAUUAUUAAGAUCACCUAUAUUACAUGAAACAAUUCGAACACCCAGUAGUUGUAGUUCAAUUGGAGGUGAUGAAUCAACACGAAAAAUAUCAAAUAGUGAUGAAAUGGAAUGUACAAUAAAAUUAUCGUGUUCUAUAGAUGGAUAUCAUAGAAAAAAAUCUGCAAGUCUUAAUUCACCAGCAAAUUCAGAACAUCGUCCAACUGCAGAUGAACUUGAAAGACGAGAAUUACCGUGGUGUUGGCGAAGUUAUUCCCUUAAACGCGAUCGUCGUGGUUAUGGAUUAAUUCUUCGCGGUCAAGGUCCAUGUUAUGUUGAAAGAAUUGAUCCAUAUGGUUCAGCAUCUACAUCAGGCAUUCGAAUUAAUGAAUAUCUCUAUGCAAUCGAAGGUAUCAAUGUCCUACGUCGUUCAGGAAAAGAAGUUGAACGUUUAUUAUCUAUGUUUGAUAAAUGUACUGUUUAUACAAUAUAUAAUCGUGAUGAUUUCUGUCAAAUAUCUACACCACCUAAUGAAUUAACUAACAAAACUAAUCUUUGUUAUUUAUCACAAUUAUCAUCUCCAUUAAAUGAUUAUCAUAAUAAUAAUAAUACAAACGGAUUAUUAACAAAUAAAAAUUUUUCAUCAUUCAAUCAUAUACUUCAACAACAACAACAACCACAACAACAAUCACAUAUAUUAUAUUCAUCAUCAUUAUCGUCAUCUGUUGAUGGAAGUUCAUCAUGUUCAAUAUCACCAAAACACAUACAACAAUAUUCAAAUACUAAACGAGGAGCUUUAACAAAACAUCUUCAAUUUUUUCGUUUAACAUCUCGAUCAUGCUCGAAUACAUUAAAAUAA